AUGUCUGACAAGCUUACUCGUAUCGCGAUCGUGAACAGCGACAAGUGUAAACCCAAGAAAUGUCGCCAAGAAUGCAAGAAGUCUUGUCCUGUGGUUCGCACAGGCAAGCUUUGCAUUGAGGUUACCUCCGACUCGAAGAUCGCCUUCAUCUCGGAAAGCCUUUGCAUCGGUUGCGGUAUUUGCCCGAAGAAAUGCCCAUUCGGCGCCAUCAACAUCAUCAACUUGCCCACCAACCUGGAGAGCCAGGUCACCCAUCGCUACUCUGCCAACAGUUUCAAGCUCCACCGUCUGCCUAUGCCCCGUCCCGGCCAAGUCCUCGGUCUUGUUGGAACCAACGGUAUUGGCAAGAGUACAGCACUCAAAAUUCUCAGUGGCAAGCUGAAGCCGAACUUGGGUCGCUAUGACAACCCCCCUGAUUGGGAGGAGAUCCUGAAGUACUUCCGCGGAUCCGAGCUGCAAAACUACUUCACCAAGGUUCUGGAAGACAACUUGAAGGCUGUCGUGAAGCCUCAGUAUGUUGAUCAGAUUCCCCGUGCGGUCAAGGGACCCGUCCAGGGUGUGAAGGACCUCAUCCAAGCCCGUGUCUCACUCGACAACAUGCAAGAGAUUAUGGACGUUCUGGAGCUCAACCAGGUCGCUGAUCGUGACAUUGGGCAUCUCUCUGGUGGUGAGCUGCAGCGUUUCGCCAUUGGUUUGGUCUGUGUGCAGAAGGCCGACGUGUACAUGUUCGACGAGCCGUCAUCCUACCUUGAUGUUAAGCAGCGUUUGGCCGCUGCCCGCACUAUUCGCGGCCUCCUUCGCCCGGACGACUACGUCAUCGUGGUCGAGCACGAUCUUUCGGUUCUCGACUAUCUCUCUGAUUUCAUUUGCGUGCUUUACGGUCGUCCCGCUGUUUACGGUGUCGUGACCCUUCCUUCUUCCGUGCGAGAGGGUAUCAACAUCUUCCUCGACGGUCACAUUCCAACUGAGAACUUGCGAUUCCGUGAAGAGUCCCUGACCUUCCGCUUGACCGAGGCUGGUGAUGACUUCAUCGCGGACAAGGCGCACGCCUAUAGUUAUCCCUCUAUGGAAAAGACCCUUGGCAACUUCCACCUGAAGGUUGAGACUGGUCAAUUCACCGACUCCGAGAUCAUUGUCAUGAUGGGUGAGAACGGAACCGGAAAAACCACCUUCUGUAAGAUGCUGGCUGGCGCCGAGAAGCCUGACGGGAACCGCUCGGUACCCAAGAUGAACAUCAGCAUGAAGCCCCAGAAGAUCACCCCCAAGUUCCAGGGUACCGUGCGCCAGCUAUUCUUCAAGCGUAUUAAGGCGGCUUUCCUUUCCCCGCAAUUCCAGACCGAUGUCUACAAGCCGCUCAAGAUUGACGAUUUCAUUGACCAGGAGGUGCAGAACCUGUCUGGUGGUGAACUGCAGCGUGUCGCAAUUGUGCUUGCUCUGGGUAUGCCCGCUGACAUUUACCUCAUUGACGAGCCGUCCGCCUAUCUCGAUUCCGAACAGCGUAUUGUUGCCGCUCGAGUCAUCAAGCGUUUCAUCAUGCACACCAAGAAGACGGCCUUCAUUGUUGAGCACGAUUUCAUCAUGGCGACUUACCUUGCCGACCGUGUCAUUGUGUUCGAUGGAAAGCCUUCAGUGGAUGCUCACGCCAAUGCCCCCGAGUCUCUCGUCACUGGCUGCAACAAGUUCUUGAAGAACCUUGAUGUCACCUUCCGUCGGGACCCCAACAGCUACCGCCCUCGUAUCAACAAGUACAACAGUCAGAUGGACCAGGAGCAGAAGCUCGCGGGCAACUACUAUUUCCUGGAGGAAGAGAACUGA